ACAAGAACGUUUCCUGAGCCACCGUCAUCUCAUGAUCUCCCAAGAAGUUGACUCAACCGAAAAGAAGACAAUUCCUGCGCCACCGUCAAUAUCGUUCUCGUCACUUCCACAUGAAAUCGCAGAGAACAUUCUUGCCCGUGUCUCCAGAUGGAAAUAUCCACGUCUUUCUCUCGUCUCCAAGAGCUUCCGCUCUCUCUUAUCUUCUAUGGAAAUCUACAAGACGCGAUCUCAAAUCGGAGUCCAAAAAACAUGCGUCUAUAUCUGCUUAGAGCUGCCUAAUCAAUGUGCGAGCUGGUUUAGUCUGUGGACGAAAUCAAAUAUAAAACAAACCAAACGGAGAGGGAAGAUUAGGUUUAAGAGAGAUUCAAGUGGAAACUCGGUUGUUCCAUCACCUUUCUCUUCUUCCCAUUCUCCUCCCUUACCUUAUAAUUGCCCUCAAACAGUUGGUUCGGAAAUCUACAUAAUCGGUGGACCCGACAAGAAGCCGUCUUCCUCUGUUCGGAUCCUUGAUUGUAAGAGUCACACUUGGCAUGAUGGCCCUAACAUGACCGUGGCUAGAGAGUGUGCGUCUACACUUUUACUCGGUGAGAAAAUAUAUGUACUGGGAGGUUGCAAUAUUGACGUCUACUCUACCAACUUGUUUGAGGUAUUUGACAUAAGGACUCAGUCUUGGACAGCCUUGACUGGUCCACGCUCCGGUGAGGACGACGAGGUAAGCCAUACAUGUUGCUCUAUAGUUAAUGUGUUUGAAGGAAAAAUUUAUGUGGCGGAAAAUUUAAAGGACUACGCUUACGAGCCAAAACAUGGUACGUGGAAACUUGUAAGAGAGAAAUCUCGUUUCCUUUCCCGCUCCUUUAAAGUUAUGUUUUGGUGUGAGAUGGAGAAUGUAUUAUACCUUUGCACUGACUUGGGGUACUUAUUGUGGUAUGGGUCUGAGAUUGAGGAUAGAGAGUGGAGAGAGAUCAAGGGACUGGAUAAAUUGCGUAAGCAUUUAAAAACUGGGAUGGGCGUUGAAAUGGUUAACUAUGGUGGGAUGCUCUUAGUUAUGUGGCAUUCAUAUCCCUAUCAUUGCAUAAGAAACAAGAUUUGGUAUGCAAAGAUUUGUUUAGAAUCAAGAUGCAGUGGACGUGAGAUGUGGGGUAAGGUUGAAUGUGUCGAUGUGCUUACCUUUCCUGUUGAAUAAUUUGCAUGCUUUUAUUGUUUUACUGCUUCGGUUUGAGAUGAUGGUAUGAGUUUGCGUUACGUGUUACAAGUCAAGUGAGCAUCAUCAUAAGCUUAAACUAUUAUAUGUAUUACUAUUUGUGUUUUCACGUUAA